AAACGAGGUUCUGGAGGUUUUUCUUUAUGACUUUUAAGUGAAGUUAAGCUUCUUCUGGUCUUUGCCGUCUGCUCCGUCUGUGCGCGCUCAGCUGCGCACGAGAGGGGCGCGAGUGACGUCAACGCCCCUGAGUGGACGAGAGGUGGGCACGAGAGCUGUCCCUCUGCAGUGACCGAGCCCUGCUGAUGGACACUGUGUCCCACCUGAAAACGUUUGCCUAAUUAAGCACAUUUCCGCGAGUUUUCACCUAUCUACCUUAACAAGUGUGCCGCCUCCUAUAUACACUCAGAUAGGAGCAGUUUACAAGAAAAAAAAGAAAAGAAAAAAAAAACUUGUCCGCAAUUUCCUUCCAAUGACAUGAAAGCAUUGCUACCAGCCAAGUUCCUCGUUGUUAGACAAAAUAAAGGGGAAGCUGGAGAGCCUAAACCUAUUUGCACACAACAGCAAAAGACACUGACAGAGAAGAGCCACAGAAAACAACAGAGGAAAGGACAGGCGAAGCUAAGCAGGGGGAGAACAUCAACAGUGGAGUCAUGGCACAUCAUCUCUAUCAUCAUCAUCAUCAUCAUCAUCAAAGCUACAUCUUUCUUCUCGUUCUCUGUAUGAGAGGUAUUCUGGCUGGUGAUUGGUUAGUCCUUCUCCCCUCCGGUCCCGUUUGUGCUGUGGUUGGUUCCUCAGUAGUCCUGCCUUGUUCCUAUGACUACCCGCAUAGCUCUGAUGAAUUCAAGGCAGAUGGGAGAGUCUCUGCGCAGACAGGAGGCAAUGAAAAAGGACAGGAGUAUAAAGUUCUGUCAGAGAUGUGGUGUCUUGGAGACAGCCGCUGCGUUACAGAGAAAUACGUGUUCCACAGUGCCGGUAUCUUCCCUGACCCAUCUUAUCAGAACCGGGUACAGUACGUGGGACAACCAGGAACCAAGAACUGCUCUCUGAGGAUUUCCAAUCUCACAGAGUCAGACAGUGGAACCUACGUGUUUUACCUCAUUACCAACCACACAACGGAGAAGAUGCCUCCGCAGACUGGAAUACAACUCCUAGUGGCAGAAUCCUCCAGAGCGGUCGCAGUCUCAGCAGGUCCAUCCAGUGUCAUCCCUGAGGGUGCAGCUUUAAGCCUGGCCUGUUGCACCCCAGCAGCCACUUCACAAAGUCACUUCAAAUGGUACAGGAGCACAGAUAGCAGGGUUGAACAGGUUGGCCAGGUGUGGCAUAUCCAUGGAGUUACAUCUGCUCAGUCUGGCAGCUACUACUGCCAAGUGCAGACUGGAGAUAAGAAGCAAAACUCAACAGUUCUUACAAUCGAUGUGCAAUACCCACCUCGAAACACAGUCAUCACCAGGGGAGCAGAGGAGGAUCAUCCUGUGAGUCUGACCUGCAGCAGUGAGGCUAACCCACCGGUGCACACCUUCGUCUGGUACCAGGGUGCAGCAUGUCUGCCAGCAGACAAAAGCUUUCAUCGAGGAAGACAAACGCCGGCUACAUUAACAGGAGGAGGCCAAACAUUCAGCACGGCCAACAUCACCACCGAGGAGUACGGACAGCACUGCUGUGUCGCACGCAACAGAUGUGGAUCUCAGACUCACAGCAUGACUCUGGUCGAUCCCAGAGCAACAACUUCAUCGGACUCUUUAGGAAGCAAAAUGGUGCUGAUAGGAGUAACUGCUGGCAUCCUGCUUGUUAUUGUUGCCAUAGUUGCCUUUCUACUGACAAGGAGAAAGACAGCCAGAGGUCAGUCAUAUGUCCUGACUGGGACAACGGCCACAGAACCUUGAGGACUCAGAGUUAAACCAGGACUGUUUUUAUUUUGUAUACUAAAUAUGUAAAGAGCUAACAUGAGAGGACCAACACAUGGUGUCGCCAUGUAGCACUUUCCUGCAGUUACAAAGUAUAACCUGUUUUUUUUGUUGUUUUUUUGUUUGUUUUUUUUAAAAUAGGCUCCAGAUGACAUUCGCCUGCAGAGGCCUAAAAGUGUCACAAAUCCAAACAAUAAAUUGUCCACUCCUGUCGGUGUGCAACCAACCAUGCUGCCUCUUAAAAAUCUAAAAGCACUCACUGUGUGAACCGACUGUGAGACUCUGUGAACUGCCUGGUUCCCUUAUUUACACCUGCCAGUUCCUUGCAAACUGAAUCAUUUCUGGGUUUUACUGUAUGGGUGCUAAUCUUUUCUUUAGUCAGUAGGGGCACAUAAAUUGCAAGAAAAUAAUAAACCUGUGUUUGGUGCAGUUACUUUGUUAUAGUAGUUUUCCUCCUCCCAGUGAUGGGUAAACACAGAUGUGAAUUUGAAUACUGGACAUGCACCACAGAUCAUUACAGACGCAGACCACAGAUGACAUCCGCAGUCGUUUACGCCUUUGAUAGUUUUCUAACAAGGUCUGUGCCGCCUAGAAGUUCCUUCUUAAUAAAAGA